GAACCAGCGUUAGGACCUGGGUUAACCUCGUCGGCGUGCACGUGCAAAUCCGUAAAGGGAGCGCGCACGUCACGAGUCACGACACUCAAUCCCAGAUGUAGGGGAGUAGGGCAGACUACACAAUAUCAAGUAAUAGGAACAGGGUUAAGGUGACCCUGGUUUUCCACCUGGUGGGGAGGCCUUUACCACAUUAAGGAGGCCCUGCUGGGUAUGAGGAAGCAUCAUGAGCGGUAAGAGUCUGCUGCUCAAGGUGAUCCUGCUCGGGGACGGUGGAGUGGGCAAGUCUUCCUUGAUGAACCGCUAUGUCACAGAUCGCUUCGACUCCCAGUCCUUUCAUACCAUAGGGGUGGAGUUCCUCAAUCGCGACUUAGAGGUGGACGGCCGCCUGGUUACUCUUCAGAUCUGGGACACAGCAGGUCAGGAGCGCUUCAAAUCCCUGCGUACGCCCUUUUACCGAGGCGCAGACUGCUGUCUACUCACAUUUGCUGUAAAUGACCUGCAGAGCUUCCAGAACCUUGGCUGCUGGAAGAAGGAGUUUAUGUUCUACUCAGAUGUUAAAGACCCUGAACGGUUCCCUUUUGUGGUAUUAGGCAACAAGGUAGACAUGGAGGAAAGGGAGGUCGGGGAGGAAGAAGCACGAGCCUGGUGUGAAGAGAAUGGCUGUUGCCCUUAUUAUGAAACUAGCGCAAAGGAUGACACUAAUGUUACAGCUGCAUUUGAAGCCGCUGUCCGAGAGGUCCUGGCUGCUGAAGACCAGAUUGGUCAUGCGCUUCUGGGAAGUACUAUUGAUCUCCAUGGCAACCGUAAAGCCUCUCGAACAUCUUGCUGCUGAUUAUCAGGCUUGAAUCCACCUUGUCUUAAAUUCUGGCUGCAACUUGCCUGAGGCUGUUUUCGAGAUUCAGUCCGAUAUUGUUUGUGUUACAAGUUCUGUAAAUAAAGGAUGCUGAGCAUAGUAUCUUCUAGAUAUGGCUCAAAUCCAGCUGUUGUGAAAGCAGCAUCAAGGAUUUUCCUGGUGUCUAGAUUGUUGAAUUAUGGCUCUAAGGUACUAACUAAGGUACAGGCACAUUAUAACGGGCACACACAUCCUUUGUACACUUUCAGUGGUUUUUACCCAGCUUUCCCAUCCUAUGCAGGAGUUUUAUCAGGGGAUGCUUACAAAGCAUUAAAAUUAAUCAGAGUUACAUCUUAAUUAAUACUGUUCCCUCUUGAAUGGCCCCUUUUGUCUUUUGUGGUAUCACCAUGCAGUUGAUCUCAGAAGAAUUUAACUCACCCUAAAGUGAUUUUAUAGGGUAUUACAGUAUCCUCUACAACAUUUAGCUCUCUUUAAAUUAUUGUUUGCUGGAGAGUAAAUUUAUUUUUAUUUCUGAAAGUAAGUGUUACCAAUCCAAACAGAUAUUGUGGUUAAGAAUACCCACUCAAAUGGAGGAUUGUGUUUGACUUCAACAGAAGGGAUUUGUGUGCUUCAGCAGGCCUGGCUGUAUGCACUGGGUACAAGCUAUUGUGGUGCUCUCUCUCGAUCGUAAUCACCUACUGUGCAGCCCGAGGGGUCAGGUGUAUGAAUCAGGCAUUAUCAGGUCAUUUUUAUUUUGUUUUACUUCAUGUAUUCUGUAUGUGGGUCUAUUUACCCGGUGAGGUCAGUGUUUCUGGGAGAAUACUGCUGUUGUUAACUGCUGUUUACAUUUCCAACCUUUACUAUGGUAUUUGUUUUCCCAAACGUUUGUGUGUGAUAUUUAUGUUGGGCUUCUGUGUUUGACCAGGGACUGAUUAAAGUUUGUGUUCCUGAUGUGUAGAUAAGGUUAUAAUUAACAUUAAUUUUCAUAAUCACCGCAUGUUUAUAAUACUGAGCCUGCUCUGUUGAUUGCGUUGCAGGCUUUAAACUUUCAGUUCUUCAGUUUCCCUUCCUUUAUUGUUAUAACACAUGCCUCACAAUGUCAGUCAGAGGUCAUUCUAGGUCUCAGACGAAUGUGAAACAGCCUGAGUGCUUGAUAAUGUUGUUACGACUAAUGUGUGCUUUGAACGUCACGUCCCCUGUCUGUUCAGAAUGUGGGGAGUGAAACUUUGAAUUGAGUAUUCUGAGAAUUCGCUGGUGUUUAUCUGGAUGGUACUUCCCUUUGCAUUCAGUCUUACACACUUGUGUGUUUGCCACAGGUACAUUUGACCUAUGCUGUUACACUUUUUUGCUGGCCUGUGUGGCACAUUUAAAAAUAAUAUACCAAACGUUUUAAUACUUAACAUGCUAGAAAUUAAUUCUCCUCAGUAUUUCUGUUGCUGCUGGAAUAGUACUUUACACGCUACAACCAAUUUAUGUUACAACCAAUAUUCAUCUGUAAAAUGUUUUCAUCUACCGAAUGCACUGUUUCCCUGUAGUUCACAGUUUUUUGUUGUGUGCACUUGUGUAGCCUCUCUUCCUGAGAUCACGUGAUUUUUGAAAUCUUUUUUAAAUCAAACGUUGCAUCGUUUUUCAGAAUGCAUGCACACUAAAUGUGAAAAUUAAGAGAGUGUCACUGUGAGAGUGAACCUAUACCAAUCAGGUACUGUCAUCUUUGCUCAUUACAUGGCUCUUUGGUUUAAUGUAGGCUCAUAAUAAAUAAGUAGCUUGUCUGUAUGAUUAGUGUUAAAAGGUUUAUAAGGUGUAUUUGAGUAAUGGUACUCGGUGUGUACAGGACAACCUCUGUUACCUAAGCAGUUGGCCUACAUUAAUGCAAAGCAAAACGAGGGCUCUUAUUGUGUCAUUUGUCGGUUAAUGUUUUGUGGAUUAUUAGGGAUACUUUGUUCCUCCUGUACCAUUUCCUGUUUUGUCCUAUACAGACCAUGUAGCAUAACGUUUACAUAAAGUCUAACAUAGCUGACAACCAGUGGUCUAAUAGGUUGAAUGCAUAAUGUCCCUCUCAUGAUGCUGUCUAAUGUCACUGCGGCCAGCCUAAGUGGUAGGUUUGUUUUAAUGUUACUGUAAUAUUUAUGAAUGUAAAGACAAAUUUCUUUGGGCUGUCCAUAUUAAUGGCUUAUGUAAAUUGCUAAGGGCAUUCAUUUUAUAAUGUACAAAAUGACACUGAACGUCUGUCUCACUCUAAGUGCUUAUCCCAUGAGUUUGAUUUAAGCUGUGUAAACCUUCGACUGUUCCUCCUGAUGUUUGCUCUAAUGGAUGACUCUUACUCCUCGUUUUGCACUACAGAGGAUAAGAGAAGUUGUGCCAACAUGCUGGAAAACAGUGCUUGGCUACGAAUAAAACAUGCAGCAUACCAAAUGGA